AUGACAACGAGCCUCAUAGUUAUUUUGCUCGCAUUUGCCUGCGCGGCCUUUGGGCAGAAACCGACCAAGGCACCUGACUGCGUCGCCCCAGAUUACAAGAAAUUGCAAAUCUGCUAUGAUCCCGACAUUGUCCCUAUUUACGACAACAAGACCGCCCAGUUCACUGUGGCUUUCAAAACUUGCAAGGGCAAUGGUGACACCACCAACUACAUGACGCACUUUUUACUCAACAAAAUGUUUGACAAGAAAAACAGCAAUGCUCUGAAUCUCAAUGAUAAGAAGAUUCAGGACCAACUGUCUGGUCAAGCAUGCAUAUUUGAAUGUCUCAUCAACCAAAACGGGCAAAUUGUUAAUUCUGACGGUUCUGUUAACACUGAAGUCUUGUCUGCCGUAUUUUUCACAAAUCCCAAUCAAAGAACCUUUUGGGGAAUGCGAUUCAUUACAAACUUCCAACUAUGCCUGGACGGUCUUGCAGCUUUGAACAUUCCAAAGUUUACUUCGAAACAAUUCAAAAAGUCUUGUGAUCCUAAAUGGUUCCUAAUGACACAGUGCAUAAUUUAUAAAGCGUGGGCGGAAGUUUUGGACAAACUAUAUGUCUUCAACUAUCCAAUAAACGCAAUUUUCGAGAAAUGGACAAACAGCAAUAUUUGCAAUUCGACCAGCCUCACCAUGCAAACCUGCAGGACUGGAACCAUAUUUGAAACCUUUCAGCUCUCUUAAAAAUAUUAACUGGAUCAGAACUGGAUGUAAUUUAGAGC